CCCUAAGGCAAGGGCUGUAACAUGGCAUCCUCCAUUGGCUGGCUGAUUGCCGCUCACAUAGGAAAUGGUGUUCCUGUUUGAUUGGACAGUUGGGUGAGAUUGGACAGUAAACGGGCACUAGAGUGUCGAGCAUUUGGACUAUACCAAAGGCUAUAGAUAGCAGCGACAGCCGACAAUCUGUAGACAGGAUUGUCACUCUGUGUAUGCUUUACGAUUAAAGUCUAGAAAUGUAUAUUUCCUACGAGUAAAAUCAUGUGAGAAACAGGAUUCGACUCGUCCUUAUCGCUGUUAACGAAAUGUCAUUCUUUCUAGUCUUAGAAAUGAAUGGUAUUGCCAGGUUGUUUGUUGUUAUUAACGCGUUGUUUGGUACCUGAACCCUGCCCUGCCCGCCUGUCGGUAGACCAAUAUCAAUAUGAGCGAUAACGCCACAGGCGUUGAAUGGUAGUUGAGCGUCAGCUACUGCCGUACGCAUGGCAGUGUGACAAUUACGACGGUGCGUGAACCGUCACUGAGGAGUUGGACCUUAGAAAAGGGAAGCCCUUUUUAUUUAUAGUUUCAAAUAGAAAUUACAGGAUAGGACGCAAGCGACAGUUAAAGAAGCUGACGUUGCUGUCCGUAACAUUGCCAGGUAUCGUCAACAGGACCAAAUCACAAUGCUGUUGAAUUCGUCGUGACCAAACAGUGAUUCUUGGCAGAACAAGUGGUGCUGUGGGUAGAUCAAAAAAGCAUAAGUCGAUUCCUCUCGGCCAGCUGUUACUGCAGCCGACAUUCACCCCGUUUGACUUGUUUCGAGUACGGUGUGGAUACGACGAGCAGAGUCACGUUCGGUGAAAGCUGAAAGCGGCGCAGCUUUCAAUAAGAGAAGUCGUGCUUUAUGUGGACGUGCGGUGCAGCGUAAGUUCAAAUAGUUGCCAGUCAUCGAAAUAUUGCAGCUGAUGCAAGAGUUAUCAGAAUCCCAGAAGGAAGAACAGCGAAAUCUAAAUCCUCAUGCUUGCUACAACCAAUGUACUCUUAUUCCGUUUAGUCGUCAGAAGUAAUCACUUGUUCUUCUCGCAAGUUGUAGCUGUCAGUUCUUUCAGCAGCUUCGUUGCCCUUUCAACGGCCCUUCGAUACAUUCAGUACGAUCUAAGGAUGUUUAAUAGGUCCAGGUUGUUUUAACUAGUGCUUUAGGUUCUUUUAGGGUAGUUAGGUACUUUUAACGUGUUUGCGUGCUAAUCUUAGGGAUACGUUGUAGUCUAGGUAAACGGCGAUACCGGGCGUAGAACUCGAAACACGAACUUUUUUAAUUAGCACACUAAGUGUUGAUCAUAGUAGAAGAUGCAUUUGGACCAGUAGCGAUUUGAACUAAUGCCCGAUACGGUAACAGCUGCUGAGCUACUUGUUUCUUAAUUAAGAUGACGCGCCCUCUAGCGACAAAAACAAAGCAAACGGAUAGUAAUACGUGUAUGUGCGCUGCCUAAGACGGCGGCGAUGGAAAAAUGGUUUUAACUACUACAACCAGCCUUUAUGUUCUGGCUUCAACUACCAUAUCAUCAGUAUAUUACGUUUCGUCUUGUUUUACCGGUGCGCUUAACGUUGUUGUCUAUCAUCUGCUGACCACCGAACCUCCUGCGUACACAAAAAGGAUAAAUCCGUUUCCAGUAAUAACAAUACCACGAAUGAAGCAAUUGCUAUUUAGUAUAUAUCAUCAACCAGCGAAUAAUUGCUUUAGCCUUACUGCCCCAACACACGGAACGAUCAGUGUUGGUACAAAGAACACCCUGAAACAAAGAGGUGUUGCAUCUUACGGUAAGAUGGCUGCGGCUACAGGGCAUAUUCCGCAGAACUUUAACGCCGGUCGCUGGUCGUCGUGGCGCGCAUUGUGGGUCUCUGCUGGCGGAAGCCUCGCAGAUGCAAGUCUCGGCAUUGCUAUGAGGGUCCCCGGACUUUUCAUUAUCGAUUAUUGGUGGCAGUUCGAACGAACCCGAGCUUUACCUCAGACGUUAGAAAACACAGCUGUGAUGCAAGCACUCCUUAAUAAUGUCGUGCUCAUCCACGGCUUCUUCUUGUUACUCUUACCUAUCGAGCAUCUUCGCACUCUGUACAGUCAUCUUCUUUUAGGCGUUUUGUUAUUUAUGUCGCACUUUGUCAGCGAACGUUACGUCAUUAUGGAGAUGCAUAAAGAAAUGAACCGUGGCAGGGGGCCAUCGUUCUCAGAGAACCUGUUGUUUUUACACGCGCCCCUAGAUAGCUCAAGACAUGGCUCGUCUGUUUUCUCGCUCGCAGCCGUCGUAAACAGUUCAUGCCAUUUCAUCACACUGCUAUGUCAUCUAGCAAUCUCGAUGGCAGUGUUCAGCUUUCUUGAGCGGCCCUCGCGAUCCCUGCAGAUUUUGCUGUGCGUGCACAUGUUACCAGUAUUCGCACGUCUGGCCAACCUUCCUUUUGAGACGCUGCCUGUCUUGCAGGCAUUUGGCGAUAGCUUGCUCUGCCUUUCGGUAUUGUACUACAUCUGCUACAAAUUCUCCUCGCUGGUAGAGCGGGUAAAGAAAAUAUAUACAGACGCCGUGGCCACUGGCCACCAUGGUAUCGAUACUAUGCACCUGUUGUCGCUUCUCUGGAGCAAACUGUUUGUGCCUACACAUUUCGUCGUUUUCUGGGCUCUCAGUUUUUGCGGAAAGGUCGCUGAAGGCUUGCAAGCCAAUUCGAACUACUCCCCCCGACCGUUAAUGUUCCUGCUGCAGUGCGCAUCAGCCGUGUGUUGUAGCCCCAUCAAUCUUUUAGCAACAUCAAUGGUCGUGUCGUAUUUAUCUAAUCUCAUCAUUCGCGGAUCGCGGCUGUUUCUUGAAGCGGAACACGAAGACAAUCCUAUGCAUUCCGGAUGGACUCAGGGCUUGACGCUGGUGUUACUCGGUUUGCAGACCGGUCUCAUGCAAAUGGAACUGCCGAGUCGAACAUUAGCACUUCUUGUUAUUCUUUUCGUUGUCGCUUCGUCUCUUCUGCAAAACAUUCUGGAGAUCACGGAACCAGUCGUUCUGAGUUUGAACGCGUCACGCUCGCUCACUAAAUGGCGCCACAUCAAGGUGCUUAUGAUGUGUGCGAUGCUUUUUGGUUUUCCGCUGCUGCUCACGUUCAAACUAGCCUCCAUUCUCCCGAUCGACGCGUGGAUCGUGAUGGUUCUAAGCACGUGUGUGCUAACCUCCGUUCAGGUGCUCGGCAUGCUAUCCGUGCAUGCGUUAUUCGUGUAUGAUGGCCUACACGAGCAGAAUGUUGACCUUGACGACGUACUUUUUAUGGCACGGGCUUUUACAAAAUUACUCGAGCUGCUGAUUUCACUAUUCGUUAUUGCUGCCAGCGUCUACGAGAGUUCGACAAGUAAAUGGAACCUGGCGAAUUCGACGAUCCUAAUCGUACACUCGUAUUGUAAUGUGUAUCAGCGAAUUCAUACAGGGUGGCGAAGUUUUCUACUUAGACGGCGAGCAUCGAUGAUGAUUGACCUACUAGCCACUCCUUCGUUGGAACAGCUUGCAGCUUAUCGUGAUGUCUGUCCUAUUUGUUACCUUUGGUUACCUGGCGGAAGCAGCAGUAAAGGAACAGGCGAGAACACCAGCUUCAAUUCAUCCUCAUCACUAUCGUCUUCGGCAACUUCGGGCCAGUCAACUAUGGCGGCAGCUGCAGCCUGCUGCAUCACGCCAUGCUGGCAUUACUUUCAUAGGAACUGCCUCAAGAAGUGGCUGUAUAGUCAAGACGCGUGCCCAAUGUGUCACCAGAAGGUCAUCUCCUCAGUUGAGGGUAUCGCUGACAUGGGUGCGAAUGGCGCCAGCCAGCAUCAGCAGCAGAGUUCUAAUAACUCUCCAACAAUAAAUGCCGAUAAUGACCACGAGGUUGAAGAAGAGGACCUCAGAAACCAGCAGAGUCCAGUAGUAAGCAGUGAGAACUAUCAAUAGUUGAUACGUUAUGUGCACCUAUCGUUAUUUGUGUAAUAGUCAUAUUUGAAUACAUGUAACGAUAUAGACAGGGAUAAUUUGUAUACAAGUGUAGACCUCUGUUAUUAAAACACCGGAGACUACCGGAUAGUGCCCAUCUAAAUAAUUGGCUGUCUCGUUAAGUUGCGAGAGUAAGUCAUACGUUAUGGGAUCGAGACAUAGCAAACAACGUUCGGUGUAUAAAAUAAUAAUAAAUGUUUUUUCGUUAGUAAUAUAUAUAUAUAUAUAUAGCCUCGUUUGCCAUGUUAGCAAAGACGCUGUUGCUCUGGGAGGCUGACGUCACUGCAGGUCAAAGCAGUACAAAUCUAGGUGAACAUCUCUUUACUGUAUUUCUAAACGAAGUCUAAAACUUACGCAGGCUGGUUCCUGUUAUAGAGAGUUACUGUGCGCCGUUUUACAUUCACGUGCAAAAUAUGUUACUAUUAUGAAUUAUUCUAAGUCAACUAUUGAAAUGCUGAAGGAGCUCAUGCUACUUUACAUGAUAAAGGCCAGAUGAAUGUCAAAACAUUUAAACAAAUUCUCUCCUCGUAUGCUUUUUUUUUUUAUGUAUGUGCAUGUUUUUAUGGAGAGGUGACGUUUAUGAGUAAAAGGACAAAUAUAUUUUUUCACUACAAUGUUUACAUAAGUAUAUAGUAGGUCAGACGUUGUUGAAUCUUAAAUGAAACAAUUCCCAUACAUGUAAUUCUUGUAUUGUCGUUUUUGCAAAAUGUCUAAACGAGCUAAGCUGUUUACACGUAGGAAAGAGUGGUCAUAAUAUCGUCCGUAGAAAGAAGGCUUGAACAAAAGGUCAGUCUGUGUUACAGGUGAAUUGUUAACUAUUAAGAAAGCUGGAUUUCUGAACAAUAUAAACUUGUUAUUGAUUGUAAAACGAACCUUAAAGAGAGCUGUUUCAAAGAAAUGAGCUCUCCAUAAAGUGGUGGUAGUCAUUAUAGAUUCUGGGCGUGGCACGCAUACGUAUAAUCGCCCAUGUGCGAUUUACCGUCAGCCUAAUUUUUUGUACAGUUUUUCUUAUUUACUGUUAUAUCUUUCUUUUGUACUAUAUAAUGGGGAAUACUAAAUUAGCUAUCUCUUUCUAAAGGGACCUCGCCUACCACUGUGAAGCCGCUCAAACUCUAAUAGCCAAAGUUAUGCAUGUUUCUUCGUCAUUUUAUGAGCGUGGAACGGUCCUGACAUUUGAACGCCAGUCGCACUUUCACGUUUGCGAAAUAACUAGAGACGAGGCGUUUCUUUGUCCUGCUACCUGAUGUGUUAUCAAGAGUUAUAAGGGCGCUGUUGUCUAAAAUCAUCGUGUAUAAGCAGUCUCCCCUUAUUUCAUCUCUUUAUGUCUCGAUGACGUCUACAAGUCAUAUGCGGUAACUUAUGUCGCUAGCGGUAAAAUCGAAUGCUUUUGAGAUUGGAAAACAAAGCAAAAACCAGGUCUAUAAAUAUCUUCUAGCCGACAACCGGUUCUCGAUAACGGUAGUAACAUAAAAGUAAAAAAAAAUAGAUUAAUUAUAAUGAUCCAACGUGUAGUGCUUCAUUUACAAACAGGAAUUUCCGCAAAUGCUAUAUGCCUACACAUAACAGAAGCGCAGAUAUAAAACCCGUCAUUUUUGUUGUAAAGUACAUGCCAAUAUCAUGUUGUAGCUAUAUAAGUAUAUAGACUGUAUAUCCACGUUGGCAGCUUGAACAAUAUUUCAAUACGAGAAACGGCAAAUAACGAACGAGUGCGCUUUUCGAGUGGAAACUGACAGAGGAAGGAAAGAAAAAUUAAGCUGAGGUGAGAUUGACAACUGCGACGGGCUGGCGGAUAAGGCUUGCAAAUUAUAUUUAUGAUUGUUUUCAUGGCUCAAGCAGGCUGUAAGCGCCCCCACUAAAUACGAUACGACCCAAAAAUAGGUUUCGGAUUAAUUCUCUGUCGAUUAGUGUUGCUAACCUCUAAUAAAGGUAAUGAUAUCGAAAAAGAAACUCUGCCAAUGAGAUGCUGUCCUGUGUCUUGAAUUUUGUCCAUUAC